CGACAAGUCGUGCCGGCCCCUUCGCAUUGCCUGCCCCUGCUGACGGCCCAGCUGCCAGCUAUCAGGCAAAACACAUUUAUAAUUGAGCGCCCAAGAGCGCAACACACAUAGGCAAUAACCAAAAGCAAAAAGCCAAAAGCAAACGAAAAGCAACAAAGGAACAGAAAAUUAUUGGCAACGCGAAGCCCCAAAUCAAAUAAUGUGGCGCAGGCCAAAAACAGUUUGAUGCUAAACGCUCGCUCGCGAUGACGAUGACACAAUAGCACGCAAUCAAAAGGCAGCCUCAACCCCAGCCACAACCCGCACCAGUUCAAUGAAAUAACCCAGAAAGUUAGCUACAAUUAUUUUUCUAAUAUUACGCAUACGCAACGUGUAUUGAUCAACAAGUUAGGCAGAAAUAUAAAGUAGCCCAAAUAAUCCUGUGUCAUUUCGCCUAAGUGUGAAGCAGAACCACAAAUAAAAGAGAGCGACAAAUAACAACACAAAUAUAUCAAAAUAAACCACACAACAACAAAAUCUCUCGCUGUGAAGUGAAGUUCUGUCAAAAGAAAAAAUCAUUUAUUUUUGCCACAACGCAAAAACGAAAUGUUUUGUGUUAUAAAAAGAAAUUCGUACGAAAUAUUAUAGAUACCAGCAAAAAGCUUCGAAGUGUGUGCAAACAAAAAACGCUCAUAAAUAUAUUGAAAAUAUAUAUUGAAUAUAUCUAUACCUAUACCCAUAUUCGUAUACAUUUAUUGUAAAGUACAAGCCGCCAAAACGGGCACUCGUCUACGUGAACCCAGCGCCAAGGGACGCAGCCAGAGAAAAAUGAUCUACAUAGAUGACUCAGAGCCGGAAGGCGUUCCGGAGCCCGCUUUUCCAAUGCGCGAUGUGACCAUAAACCGCAAUGUGGACGCCCAUAAAUUGUACGACGUGCUCAGCGAGGUGGGACGUGGUAAAUUCGGCACAGUGUACAAGUGCAGAGAGAAGGCUACCGGCCUCCAAUUGGCAGCCAAAUUCGUGCCCAUACCGAAGCGCGAGGACAAGCGGAACGUGGAGCGGGAAGUGGAGAUUAUGAAUUCAUUGCAACAUCAUCUCAUUAUACAAUUGUAUGCUGCAUACGAAUAUCAGAAAAUGAUGUGCGUCGUCCUGGAACUCAUUGAAGGCGGCGAGCUCUUUGAUCGUGUUGUGGACGACGAGUUUGUUCUCACAGAGCGCGUGUGUCGUGUCUUUAUACGUCAGGUGUGCGAGGCUAUGGCGUUUAUACAUGGCAAUGGUAUCAUCCACUUGGACUUGAAGCCCGAGAAUAUCUUGGUACUGUCACAAAAGGGAAAUCGCAUUAAGAUCAUUGAUUUUGGACUGGCGCGUAAAUUCGAUCCCGAUAAGCGCCUACGAGUUCUCUUUGGCACACCUGAGUUCGUGGCGCCCGAAGUUGUAAACUUUGACUGCAUCUCCUAUGGCACUGAUAUGUGGAGCGUGGGCGUCAUUUGCUAUGUGCUCAUAUCUGGUCUGUCGCCUUUCAUGGGCGAAAACGACAUUGAAACAAUGUCAAAUGUAACCAUUGCAAAAUACGAUUUUGAGGAUGAAUGCUUUAAUGGCAUAUCCCCGGAGUGCCUGGAUUUCAUAUCGAAGCUCCUAGUCAAGGACUUGAGCACCCGCAUGACAGCCGCCGAUUGUGUGAAACACAAAUGGCUGCAGCAGCAUCCCCCCGCCACGCCCCUCAAGAGAACAGCAUCCUCAGCAGCUAGAACAGUAGCAGGAGCAUCAGCAGGAGCUGAAACAACCGUUAGCAAGAGCAACUCAGUGAGCAGCAAGACGCGACUGAAGUCAGAGUCACCCAUAACGUUAGCGUCUGAGUCUUCUGAGGAUUCAACGGAAACAAUCGAGGAUGCGGAUGUUGAUGGAGAUGAGGAUGAGGAUGAGGGUGAGGCGACGGAACAGGACGAGGACAGCGAGGAGCUGGCGCAGCAUUGCAAAACACAUGAGCUAGAGAACAAAGAGCUGGAUGCCACGAAGGAUAAUUUAAAGAAUUUCAUAGUGCGCUGGGAGACGCAUCCGAACAGUCCGUACGUCUUUGACGUCGAGGGCAACGUGAUAGCGCCUCUAAAUGAGAGCAGCUACACGCAUCCCCACCGGCCCCAUGCUCCGGACAGCAUCUCCUCGUCGCGAGUUUGCUCGCCCUCGCCAUGUGAGUCCAUAGCGACGCUGACGGACGAUGAACAGGAAGCUGCAGUGGGCGUCGAGGAGAAUGAGCCCAGCGCUGACAGUUCCCAUUCGGUUGCAACCACGCCCAUUAAUGAAUCCCGCGAGAAGCUCUUCCCAGCAGUGGGAGCAGCGGGCACUUCUGGCUGUGCCACGCCCACGCCGCAGCAUCUGUUCAACGAGAACUUCGACGAGUUCUCCGGCAGCGAAAGCAGCGCACAGCAGCGGCGCAGCAUGAAGAGCUAUUUGCACACAUUCGACAGGCGAAACUCGGACACAACGUACUUGCUGGGCAGGCGCAGUUCCGGAGAGCGCGUCAAUCUGGCAGACGAAAUACGCAAGCUUUCCGAUCACCUGCUCAUGCUGGCCGAGAUCAACACCAAGUUGGGCGACAGCAACAACAACUCGAGCACCACUGAGAGCAGCAUCACUCAGGAAGCCAACAAGGUGAAGAGCAGCGCGCGCAGCACCCACGUGAGCUCACACGGGCAGCUGCACAGUGCCAGCUCCAUCUCCAGCUCCAGCAGCCAGACUCAAGUGCGAUCUGCUGAUGGCCAGCAGAAGAGGAGCUCGUUGUCCGCGCGACUGCAGCAGUCCAUAGAGGAGACGCCGAAGCUGAGCAAUGGCAAUGGUGGCAGUAGCUGGUCCCAGUCGCAGCUGCGCAGCCAGUCUACAGUGAGCACCAUGAGCACGGCCAAUGCUAAGAGCCAUAUGCAGAAGAGUACUACCAGCACCAGCACCAGCAGCUCCAAAUUCUGUUCCAGCGUCAGCACCAGCAACAGCAACAGCAACAGCUCCAGUGCCAGCUCAAGCAAUCAUGUCUUCACGGAGUCGGCAAGCAGUCGACGAGCCAAGUUUCGCAUCAACCAAAUGAGUCGCGACGUGCCCAUCGGAUUGCCGGAUACGCAUCAGACGGUGAAUCUGGAGGAGGCAGCCAACACGACGAAGGAUUGCUUGCUGCAUUUGCUGGAGAAGUACAAUGAAACGAAGAUACGCAACCCCGUGGGCAGGCAUCAGAGCAUCAGCGUCGACUGGCAUAUUAGCGACAAUCUCGAGUACCGGUCGAUGAGCUCCAUCAAUGCUUUUUUCCAGCGACACAGCCACAGCAGCGGCGGACAGAACGUGAAGCACAUACAGGCCCAGCUGGAGGAGAAGGCGACGGGGAAGUAGUGGACAGACGGUACCAUCUGAAUACUGUAUAUAAUCCUAUAUAUAAUUCAUGUACUAUAAACUC